AUGGGUAGGGUUAUCCGAAGUCAGCGUAAAGGUGCGGGAGGUAUCUUUAAAGCUCAUACGAAACAUCGUAAGGGAGCUGCAAGACUGCGUCCAGUAGACUUUGCUGAGCGUCAUGGAUAUAUAAGGGGUGUCGUUAGAGAAAUAAUACACGACCCCGGUAGAGGUGCUCCUCUAGCAAAAGUCGCCUUCAGAGAUGUUUAUUCCUACAAACUAAUUAAGCAAACCUUCAUCGCAGCUGAAGGCUUGCACACUGGUCAGUUUGUCUACUGUGGUAAGAAGGCUAAACUACAGAUUGGAAAUAUUCUUCCCAUUGGUUCAAUGCCUGAAGGAACAGUGGUGUGUAACCUCGAAGAAAAGUGUGGUGACCGCGGACGGCUUGCUCGUGCAAGUGGUAACUACGCUACGGUUUGUUGCUCAUAA